ACUGUUCUGAAUUCUUACGAGGUGAGUCACAUCAAAAACACUUAAAAGCAGGUUAACCUACAAGAACAAACUACUAGACUGCUGGUGGAACGAUUUCAUUUAGAGUUUCAGCAAACAAAACAUGUCAAGUGAAAUGGACUUCGGUGACACCCCUUAUCUCUCAGAGAUGGGGAUUCUGUUAAUUGCUCCUAGAAAUACUGGCAAGAGUUUUGCAGGAAACAUCAUCCUGGGCAAAGAGGAGUUUGACUUGAAGAGAUGUGCUCAGUGUGUGAGGAGAUGUGGAGAAGUAGCAAACAGACGCCUCACUGUCAUUGAAGUUCCAGGAUGGUUUAGGGAGUACUCAGUAGACUCCAGUCCGGAGUUACUGAAACAGGAGAUUGUGCUCAGUGUGUCUCUGUGUCCUCCAGGACCACACGCUAUACUACUGCUCAUACGUGUGGACAUGCGAUUCACAGAGGCUCAGAGAAAAGCAGUGCAGGGUCAUCUGGAGCUUCUCAGUGAGGGAGUCUGGAGUCACACUAUAGUGGUGUUCAUUCACGGAAACUAUCUGUUAGACACGUCUAUAGAGCAGCACAUUGAGAGUGAAGGGCAGGAUCUCCAGUGGCUGCUGGACAAAUGUGGGAACAGGUAUCAUGUUCUCAACUUUCAGGACAGGAGUGAUGACACUCAGGUCAAGGAGCUGCUGGAGAUGAUUGAGGAGACAGUGGCACAAAACAACGGCUGCCAUUUUGAAAUAGACAAAAAGAUUUUACAGGAGAUGAAAGAGAGAAGAAGAGCAGAGGAAGAGAGAGCAUACGAACGAAUGAAGAGGAUGAAAAAACAGAGAGAUGACAUCAGAUCACAGAUGAUGAAAGGAGUUAAGAAGUCUGCCUCCAGUUCAUUUGGGUCACGAUCAGGAGCAGACAGCAGGUCAGAUUCACCCUUCAGCAUUGUGGAUGACUCCAAUCUUGAAGAAAGAUGUAAUAGCAUGGGACUACCAUUACCAUUAAUGAGUGGAGAUGAGACGUCUGACACAAUGUCUGUGUGAAGCUCUACUUACAGUUUAGUCGUAUCAGAAGCAGAACAUGACAGCGGUUAAAGACCUCAUGAAAUGAUGUGACAAAUCCUAUGUUCUGUCUUGUGCUGAUUCCCAUUGAAGCUACUUUUUCAAUUUCUCAUAUCAAAUCUACAACACAUCAACAAAAAUGGUCUUAUAUUACCUUUAAAAAAAUGCCCAUCACUGAGCUGUGUACAUAACAUUUGCUUUCAUUCAGCUUUUUUUUCAAUGCAGAUACAUAAAGGAGUUUAUUUUCCAUGUUUAUAUUAUCCAUCUAAAAUGUUCCUAAAUUUGUGUCACAACAUGAAUUAGUGUUCCUGCUUCAUAUUUUGUCAUACUGUGUGUGU